AUGCCUCGAAAUAUCUUCUGUGUUCCUGGGUGCCAAGUAGUAGCAGAAGAUGGUGUACCUCUACAUUACUUUUCAUGUCCUGAGAAAGAUGCAGAUUGGUUUCAUAAUUGGGUAAAGAUUAUUGUAGGUGGUAUUGUGAGUCUGGACAACACCACUGUCCGUAAAACUCAUAGAAUCUGUCGUCAGCACUUUCAGAAAGUUUCUUUACCCAAAAAACAGGCUUUGUAA